AUACAUAUACAUAUAUAGAUAUAAAUAAAUAAAUAAUCUAUAUCUAUAUCUGUGUGUGUAUAUAUAUAUAUAUUCCGCCCAUAAGUCCGCACCCUACCCUGACACUUGUUAAUUUUACUUUUCAAUAUUUAUUUCAACUAACCCCAAAUCCGAUCAAAAUCUCCUCCAAGUUUAGGCCUUUUUAGUUAUGGCGGAAGAAGAAGAAGAGUAUGAAAGUGAUCCAGAACAAGCCAAGCUUUCUUUAAAGAUGCGGCGGCGCAGGGAAGCCAGUGAUGAUGAAGAAGAAGAAGAAAAUGGCGAUUUUAGGGCUAGGGUUUCAGAUGGUGAAGAUGAAUCUGAUGAUGAUGAUGGACAAGGUGCUGCUGCUGAUUAUGAUGAUGACGAUGAUGAAUAUGAUGAUUUAAUUGAUGAUGAUUUAGUUGAGGAAGAAGAAGUAGAAGCUGUGAGGGAGGAAGUUGUCGAAGGGGGUUCGGUCAAGGGACGGAGUGAUGGGGAUGAAAUUGGGGGUAAUGUGGUUGAGAAAGAGGAAGGGGCAGAUGGGGAAGGUGAAGGCAAGAAGGAAAAUGAGCCGUUUGCUGUGCCCACUGCUGGUGCUUUUUAUAUGCAUGAUGAUCGGUUUCGAGCUACUUCUGCUCGUGGUGGUGGUGCGGCUGCUGGUAGACACAGGCGAAGUCUUGGCAGGGGGAAGUUGUGGGAGUUGAGAGAUGACAGAAAAUGGGGGCAUGACAAGUUUGAGGAAUUGACUCAGGAAAGACAUUAUGAUGAGGGCAGGAGGGGUUCGAGGGGACGAAAUCGCGGCCGUGGAAGAAGUCGAGGAGAAGAUCGUGCAGUUGCACGAGGAAACAGGCCUAAGGUGUACAACAAUAACAAUCAAACUAAUGCUCCAAAGUCUGUGAGAGGGCGGGGCCCUAGAAGAUAUCAACCGUCUACUCCGAACAAUUUUGAGGGUUCUGCACAAAGCAGACAGUCGGUAAAACCAAUAGAGAAAACCUCAUAUGCAAGUUCAGGAAGAGCAUCUGCAGCCACAUCGACAUCAGAAUCUGCUCAAGUGCCAGUUAGGAAAAAUCUUGUUGCUUCCAAUUUGAAUUCUGCUUCUCCUCCAUUUUAUCCUUCUGGUUCAUCAAAUAAAGAAACAAAUAUGACUCAGAAAAAGGAUGCUCAAUCUGGAGCACUUAAUCGGGGCCCACGCCCGUCUGUUAUGGCCGAGAAUUAUCCAAUUUCUCAGCCUAACAAUAUUCGCGGAAGAAAUGCACAUGAUUCUUUAGGCAUGGGAAAACUUUAUAUUGAUGAUUCAGUCUCUUCUACUGCUGGGAAGCCCCUAAACAACUUGCAAAGUAGGGUCGACGGGAGAGGUUCAAUGCCAUUUGGACAAGUGGCCUAUCAACCAGUGCCGCCUCAUCAUAGUCAAGUAAAUAGGGUUCCAAACCAGCUUCGUUCAAAUCAGCAAUAUGUGCCUCGGUCGGCUAGUGGAUCUCGAGCAUCUUCUCCACCUAAAAAGUCGGUUCCUAUACAUGCUGUUGAAUCUACAGAAAUUGAAUCUUCUACGGAAUCCAACGAUUCUAAGACAGCAUUAGUUGGAAAAGGAAAAGGCAGUGUUCCGAGCAGCGGUAUGAGCGCAUUUUCUUAUGCAAGCCUUGGUGGUAAUCAGGGUGAUCAAAAUUUUCCUGGUGCUCCAACGUUUUUGCCAGUUAUGCAAUUUGCAGGCCAGCAUGCUGGUGGUCUUGGAGUUCCAGCUGUUGGCAUGGCAUUCCCUGGCUAUGUUGGUCAGCCCAAUGGGAUGGGAAAUUCAGAGAUGACUUGGCUACCUGUAUUGGCUGGUGCUGCUGGAGCUUUAGGUACUGCUGGACUAGGGGGCACCUACCCAUAUAUCACAAUGGAUGGUGCCUAUCAUCCUCACCCAUCUGGUCAGCCAUCUUCAUUACCUCCUCCGACAAGCAAAGACAAUAAUGCGAAUAAAGUUGGUAGUGAAGUAAAGCCUUCCCAGAGACCUGAACUUGCAAAUGAUGAGUUGAGACAACGCCAAAAUAAAGCUCGCAGAUACACCGAAAUGAAGUUUGACAAGUGAAGUAUUAAAUAGGUCAAAACCUAUUCAAUAUUGCUGAUAAAGAUGACUUUCCAAACUGAAUAUCUGAAAUUCUGCGUGGUACUUUUGGUGCUGCAGGCGUUAGGCCGUUUGUGUCCUCCAGUGUCCUCCUGGAGCACUUUGGGCAGCUGUAGUAUUUCCCAAUUAUUUAAGGUAUAUGUUUGAAACGCCUGCUCGUGCUGUAUCCUUUAUAACAAAAGAAUGCAGUCUGACAGGUAGCAGGACUUUUUUUUUGGAUGCGAGGUUUUUUUUGGCGUUGUUUCUUUCUUUUCUUUUGUGAAAGCUUUUGAAAGUUGUUGGCAGGCUUAUAUUUGGGAAAAUAGUAAAAGAACAAGAGAUUUGGUGCAGUUCCUUUGUGUCGUCGAGUGUAGUGGAACUUUUCUCGUAGCUAUUUUAUGUUUUUACCUCCUUUCCUGUAUUUCUUAUUUCCGACUUUUGAGGAUUGACUUGUGCUUGGGGGUUGAAUUGCCAAUCUAUUUUGCAGUGUGUUUUGGCGUCUUUAUUGAGGUUUGUCGUUUCUAUAUCUUAUUGCAUGACUUAUACCAGUGGGGUAACUGUGUUUCUUCUUCCCUACAAUGGGUUUUGCAAUAAAAGGUAACUUUGUAUUC